AUGGCUGAAGAAGAAAUUCGAAAUCGGAUACAUGAAGGAGGUCUCAUUCCUAUGACAUUUUCAAUAAGUCCUCUUCAGAAAGUAUUAGAGGAUAUUUUAGACUUAAUUGGCAAACACGAAAAAAGUAUUAAUACAAUCCUCGAAACGUUACCUUCUAAAACAGACAAAACAGACCUUGAAUCACUUCGCGAAACAGUUGAAAAUAACAAAGCAGAUACUGAUUCUAAAAUUGAUGCAUUAGAAAAAUCAUUCAAUCAGAAAGCAGAAGAAUUACAGCAACUCAUCAAAGACAAUGAUGACAAGGUCCAGGCACAGUUCAAUGAUACAAAUGAUAAGAUAGAAACACAUGAUGCUCAAAUUUCUAAACUGACACAAGAUUUACAGAAUUUAGAAGAAAAACUUAAUCAGGAAAUACAAGGCAUCAAUGAUAAGGUUUCAGCACACGAUAAUACACUAAAAGACCAUGAAACACGUAUAAAUGAACUUGAACAAAGAAAAUAUCCAGAAAAUACCAUAACAUCAGCAGAAAAUGCUUCACAAUCAAAUAGCCAAGACACCACAAACAAGGAAAUUAAUCAAAAUAAUGAAAAUCCUGUAAAUAUUGAAUCUAAUUCAAAUAAUGCAGGAAAUAGCAACAACAAUGCAAAUUCAUUUAAUUUUGAUCCUAAUACACUUAAUGAACUUAAGCAAAUGAUUCAAAAUAAUUCAGAUAAAAUCCAAAAUAAUACAGAUCGUAUUAGAGCUUUAGAAAACGCUCAGUUCCAAUCUCCGUCGACUUCAGGACAAAAUACACCAUCUAAUACAGUGCAAAAUGGAGAAAAUAAACAAAAUUCUAAUAAUUCUCAGAAUUUCGACUCAAAUCUCAGUGAUAAGAUCGGAGUGUUAGGAAGGAGACUGAAUACAGCUGAAGAAUCAAUCUCCAAUAUCGAAAAAGCAUUAAGAGAUCUUAAGAAUAACCAAAAUCAAAAUAACAAUUCUCAAUCAUCUGGUCAUGAUCAUCGUUGUGGAGCUUCUAUUGAAAGAAACUUUGUUGCACCACAAGUUUCUUCAGGAAAUUCAGAUAAUUCCUCAUCUCAAAUUAAUUCACCUCAAAAUUCUGUAAAUCAACAACAAAUGUCAUCAAGUAAUGAUAGAACAAAUGUAAAUAAUUUAGGAAAUCAAAACUAUGCCAAUAACAACCAAAAUUCAUCAAAUAACAACAAUCAGAGCCAGCAAUCGAGUUCUGGACCAUCACAAUCAGGCGUUUCAAGAUCAAAUGACAAUCAGAUCCAUAGUAAUUCAGGAAAUUCAGAUACUCAAAAACAAAUUUCAAAUAUUAAUCCAGAAACACGUUCCUCUGAUGCUAAUUCAAGUAACAUUGUUACUAAAUCAAGCUCUAAAGAUCAAAUUUCCACCAAAGACAACACAAACUCUUCAAACAACAAAUCUCAAUCAUCAGAUCACAAAAACUCCAAUGAAAAUGAAGAUUUACCAGUCAGACCACCAUCAUCUUCACAAAAGACAUCUCCUAGGCAAUCAAACUUGCAACCAUUACCAGAUUUACCAUCAUCAGAUCCAAAUGAAGCAAUUUCUCAACUCAGACAACGUCUUGCAGCUCUUGAACAGCAACUCUCCAGUCAAAAUGCCAAUACAAAUGAAGAACUCAAGAAAUUGGCAAGAUAUUUGAAUGAUCGCCCAGACAGAUCAUUGAUUGAAAGACUUUUCGAGAAGUUCAAGUCAAGUCUCGGAAAUGUUGUUCAAAUGGUUCAGGCAAAAGAAGGAAAUGAUGGCAAAUUUGCAACUACUGAUGAUGUGAAGAGACUUGAAACGUUGAUUAAGCACAUGACACAAGAAUUCGAUGAAGCAGCAGCUGCAAGGAGAUGCACAAAAUGUCUUUCAUGCGGAAUGGGCUACAGAACAGUUUCUGGUUCAAUACAAGACCCAGAAACAGCUGCAAUUCUCGGUGCUGCUCCUGUUUCUCAGGUUGUACAAACACCAGGAAAACCAACUUUCGUUUAUGGCUCUGACAACGAGCUUUACUACUCAUUGAAUGAGUCAGGAAAGCCAUUUGUGUCACCAAGGAAUAAUCCUCCUGCUUCUAAAUAA